UGUCCUAUGGCUGUCGGUGGUCUCUGAGAUGCUGUACAUAGUCCUGUUGAUAGUGGGUUUCAGCCUGAUGUGUCUAGAACUGGUUCACUCCAGCACCAGCAACAUGAUAGAUGGACUGAAACUGAACGCCUUCGCUGCAAUCUUCACCGUCCUCUCAGGGCUCCUGGGUAUGGUGGCCCACAUGAUGUACACACAGGUGUUCCAGGUGACAGUCACCCUGGGCCCUGCAGACUGGAGGCCCUAUAACUGGGACUACGGAUGGUCCUUCUGCAUGGCCUGGGCAUCCUUCACCUGCUGCAUGGGUGCAUCAGUCACCACCCUCAACUCCUACACCAAGACUGUCAUCGAGUUCCGACACAAACGCAAGACCUUCGUGCAGAGCAUCCGAAAGGAGCAGGCGCGGCAGGCGUUGGGAUACUACCGCGAUCACUCCCUGCGCUCCAUAUCCCAAACCGUGGAGGUGUACACACAGACGCCGUAUAGCAGUGGUAUUAGGACGCACGUACCGGCCGCGUCGUUAGACCCGAGUGACGAAUCAGAGACUCUGGGGGAAGACCAGUGCUGAAGGGAGGGAUCCCAGCGGGGAAAAACUGGUUACAACUGGUUCACAAUUAUGUCAUUUUUAACCAUUUUCUGGUUGUGCUGAUGUUAUUUCAUCAUCAUUUCAACUCGUUUCGCCCACCGGGAUGUGUCAAAAGUAACUGUAUGAAGUCAGUGCUAUCCAAUUGCUGUCCGUCACCUGUGUUGGGUCUUCUGGGGAUUCUGUAGCAACUGAAUCCGUUCUGAUUGAAUUCAUCACUGCCUUAAUUGAGCCAGGAUAUUCACUCCCUUGUUCCCAGUUUGGGCAUUGAUAGUCAUGGAAAGACAGCCGUGUACACUGAUCAUACAACUAAAUGAUCUGACACACAAGGAAAGCAGCAAUCAAUAACAAUAGCGUUUUACCCGCCCCUGUUUCAGUUAAAAGCUGAGGAACGGAGCUGGAGAAAUGUAACCACUCUCAAAUUCAGAGACAGAACUAUGGAUGCAAGGACUGAAUACCCAUGAUAUCGACAUUAUAGUUUUAACCAUGUUUUGAGGCUGUGUAGUGUUUGUUUACAUUUACUUUGUUUACAAACAUUGGAGUGAAACAAGCUUCUAUUUUGGGUUCUAAUGGGGUCAGACAGUUGAACUGAUGAGGCAUUAAUGUUAUAUUCUUCAAGAAUUAAUGGGUACAUAUCAUUCAUUUGUAGGUUCAAAAAUGGAUGCCCCUUUAAACAAGAUUUGUAACAGAAUGCCCUCUGAUUUUCCUGGGACACCAUAGGACUGUUUAUGCGAUGUUUUUGCAUGCUAUUAGCCUUACUAAAUAUGGAAUUAGGAAGGGGGUGACAAACUGCAUUUAACUCGUAUUUUAAGAAUGUGCACCGCAAAAUAUAGCUAUAAGUGUUUGCAGCGUAUACCGUGCCUAUAACGCAUAACUAUAUAAAUGUAAAUAAGUGUCACAAAGUAGAAGUUUUGAUCUGUGAAAUCACUGUAAGAUGUGUAUUAUUUUUCUUUUGAAGUUGUGUAUUGUUUGUUGCCUCAGUGGUCUGUUUACUGCACAUUACUCAGUAUCGGAUAAAACAAAAACUGACCACUGGACACCAAUGUUACUUGAGUACAAUUAUGACCAAUGACUGUGUAUUCUAUUUAAAGUACUUUGUGCUUAUAGUGAUUAAGGAUUCUGCAAUGAAUUACUCAAUAAACAAAUGUAUUCCAUAGCAAA